AUGACGGGAUGUACCGAAACACUUUCUGAAGCAGUUCCGACUGAGCCAGUGUCCGAGACUGAAGACAUCAAAAACAACUAUUGUUACUUGGGUCCCAAGAGGAAGCAUGAAGGUGAAGGGUUUCUUCGCGAUACCAGGACCAGGGUCGGCAAGUCGAGCUUUGCUGACACAGACGAAGAGGUGUCAAGCUCCUACCCAUCUUCAGCUUUCUCCAACGCUGUCUCUUCGCACUUCAAUUUUCGUGCGUCGGUCGUGGGGUUUUACCCUUCACGCCUUGUUCUGCUCAGGAACCCUUCGGUCCAGCUCAUACCCGAACCAAUCGAUUUGAAGAGGAUCGCUCCAGAAACCGCAUCAGGCGAAGACGAAAAGCUACCGUUGCUAUCACAGGCGAGACGUGAAGAAUUGAUAUCAUACUUCGUGAAUUGUGCGAUCGAAAUGACCUGUCAAGAAAGGGAACCGGAAUACAUCACGGGGUUGUGGCUUUCUGACUUUUUGUGCUUUAUCGACACUUGGAACCCAGAAACAAAGGUUCGGAGCACCGUGAAAUCACGGAUGCUACUGUGUUUCAACUGGAUGUAUGAUCUGAUGUCGCUGGAUGCACGUAACAGAAUUGUCAACCAACCACGUGGCACAUCCAGCAGGAACGUCCAGUUGUCUGCUCUUUAUACGAAAUUAGGGGUAUUUUCACUGCAAUGGACCUUUGGACAGGACAAGAAAAAAUAUUCGACCGAUUUCUAUCUCGUGAGGGACCUUGACUUCGAUUUCAUCAUCGGCUGGCCUUCGAUGCGGAGACUGGAGCUGUACAGAGGAAAUCCUCUAAUCGCGUGGAGGCUAAGCCCAACUCGUCAACCCAGUGUGAAUUAG